AUAGCUUAACACAGUUUGAAUAGUGAAAAGUUGAUCUUCGAUUGAAAAAAUAGUCCGACUAACUGUCGGUGAAGCUUGCAUGAAACGAAACAAAAGAAAUGAAAACAAAAAUGCUAAAAGUAACCAAUUUCUCGAUGUUUUUUCGUUUCAGUUUCGCUUUUUUUUGCAUUGCUUCAAGAUUAGAAAGAUAAAUUACAUGGACUUUUCUGAGCUCUUCAAAAAGCCUGAGCAAUUACAUCCAAUUGAAAAUAUUUCUUACUUCGAACACUUUGUUUUAUAUUGUUUUGUAUUUCAAAAAAACAAAGGUGAAAUCAUUCAGAAUUUGUAUGUAAACUGCUGUCAAAGGUUGAAAACAUUCACAUCCCAAAUCGAUUCAAGUUUUCCGCUUUUUCGAAGAGUCAAAAAACGUGAAUAUUCCACGCAUGAAAUCAAAUUUUGUUUUUUUCGGACUUCAAUCACUUCAAAAGAAUACGAAACACGGGGUAGUGAUGCCGAAAAAAACAAUUAUUGAUUCAAAUUUCUCAGUAUUAUUCAUUUUAGAUUGGCUUCGAAAACAAUUUCAGUAUCAUCGGUUGAUCUUAUAGGCGGACCAGUACCUUCUGGCUCGACGUUGGACGCAUUUAUUCGCAUUCAAUUGGAUAUGCGAGGUGGUACGAUCGAUGCUGGGCGUGCAUUAACAAAACUACCAUUGGUCGACCCGAUCGUAUUAGUUGAUGAGUUUGAUACAUGGUAUUUCGAUCACCUGCGCGGUCUCUUUGAAUUAAAUCUAGUGCCCGAGCAACAAAUUUUUCCACAUAAGUGGAAAUUGGCUCCAAACACAAAAUUGUUCUAUUUAUUUGAAUUGCCAGAUGAUAGUACAAGUACCGAUCAAAAGGUUGUACAAAGAGCAAAAAAUAUUGAUCGACCGAGUACUAUAUCAUUAGAACUGUUUGUUGAAGAUGUUUGCGAAAAAGAAAAUAAUGGUAUGGCUGAAGAUUGGAUUAAAGCGUUGAGGGCCGAUCAUAUUUUCAGUUACGAUCAUCUUGCCAAUUUGAAAUAUACUGAAUGGGAUCAAUUGAAACAGCUACCACUGAAUGGAAGAAAAAUUCUAAAAUCACAAUUUUCGGAAGUUGGAGUUCAAUCUCCGGCUAAGUUAAAUGCGGAAUGCGUUGGAUUAUCAUUCGAUGAGAUGCGUCGUGAAGGUUUUGCUGAUGAUGGUCUUUUCGAUCAAAUGAAAUUGUUUUUUCUACCAUUAACUAUGGUUGAAGAAGAUUUGGUCGUUAAUGAGACUCGUUGGAAGACAAUAUCAACGCGUCUACUAACAGAAAGAAACGAAUUAGUGAUAAGGAAGCAAGAUUUAGCUAUUGAAUUGAAUGAAAAAGAAGACGAAUACUAUAGACACGAUGAUGCAAUUCGAAAUUUAAGACGUACUCAUCAGUCUACGAUGCAAAAAUCAGAUCAAGCAAGAGGCAAUGGUGGGGGAAUGUUUCAACGAAUCAGAAAAAUGGUUGUAGGAAGCGCAUCGACUAGUUCCAGUAAUACGGGUGAGCAGACAGGUCAUCCCAUCGAGGCUCCACCGCUCGCAAAAUCCAAGGCAAGACAGAACGACUAUGAGACAUUUUCUGCAAUAGAAUUGAUCGAACAACAUCGACAAGCUAUGGAAGAACUCGAACCCAUAAGAGAAAGACUACGAAAUCAAAUCGAAGCGAUUCAAGAUCUUACAGAUAGUCUCGAUGAAAGUUUUCGAAACGCAAAACUCAAUAGUGAUACAAAAUCGGAUCGAGAUCUGAUCAAGCCGAAUCGAGGUUUCAUCAUGUAUGGGCCCCCAGGCACUGGUAAAUCGGAUAUCAUGAGCAAAUUAUCAAUACGGAUGGGCAUUAACAUGGUUGCACCUCCACUAGCUGCUGGUGAGCUCAAUCGACCGUUGGUCGGUGAGUCAGAACGUAUUAUUUCCGAUAUUUGUAUGCGUUGCCAUCGAAUACCAUAUCUUAUGUGUUGUGUAUCGAUCGAUGAAAUUGAUUCACUUGCACCCAAACGUAAAGAUGAUACGAGCGAUGGAAAUGUGGCCAAGCUUAGUGUUCUAUUAUCAGUAAUUGAUGGCAUUAAAGAUGUACCAAAUUUAAUGAUAUUCUGCGCCACCAAUCGUUUACAUAUGAUGGACGAUGCAUUUCUGCGACGUAUGUCUGGUAAAUUCUUCGUUGGAAGACCUUCAUCUCAUGCUCGAAAGAGUAUUUUGAGUGGAGUAAAGUGGUGGCAUAUGCCACCGAGUUUAAUCGAUAGUUUGACAAUGGCCACUACCAAUUUUAGUGGAGCAGCACUUCGGUGAGUAGUUAAAAGUUGGUCCAUAUACCAAUCGAACAAAUUCAUGCAGAUCACCAUUCCGAAAAUAAUGUCCUCUUCUCUUUCGUAUUCUGUAGAUAGCUCGUCAAAAGAAACUUGUUAAUGAUGAGCAUCAUCCGCUCGAAUCGAUUCUGUAUAUCUGACUUCUUGAUAAAGCAAAAAAAAGCUGACAUUGAAAUACAGAAGUAUAUCAAAAGAAAGUUUUUGACAUCAAGUUAUUUGAAGAAACGUUGCUUUCUUUUAUGGCAAACAAAAUACUAAAGGAUAGUCCAAAAUUUUGGACGCAUCUCAGUAAAUCGAUGAUAUCCAUGACUAACGGUUCACCGACACUUUCGCGCAAUACAUGCUCGUACGCAAUACUUGCUCACAAAACCCUCAUUCUCACUCUCACACUCAUUUUCGAGCUUAUUCACACUUUUACUUUCAAAAUCACUUUUGCACGAAACUGUCGCGCGCAGAAGUGUCGUGUCACGAUAAAGUUUACCGUUUCGAAUUUGUUCUCUAAUCUGCCAAUUGCUUAGACUAAACCUUUCGACAGUUUUUACAGUUUUAUUUAAAAAAUUUCAGUAUUCACUUUUUGUUUGAUGUCAAACAAAAAAUAUGUCAAGAAAAAUGUGAGAAAAUUAUUUAGUAUUCCAAAAAGAUUAAAAUCCCUAGUCCAACAUCUUGAAACCAAGAUCUUGCCCAAGAUCUUACGUUAAGAUUUGGCACUAGAUCUUGAAAAAAUGGGUACAAGAUCUCAGGACAUUUUUGUACCCAAGAUCUUACGCAAGACC